UUCUACAGGGAAUGUCUGUCUGUGUUUAGGCAGAGUAAGAAAAGCACACAGCACAACACAGCAAAGGUUAGAGUAACUGAAGACCAAGGAAAAUGUCUAAUGAACUUGACUACCGACCAGUUAUGCUCCUGCAGAAUGACUGCAUCAGUUUCCAGAAGUACUCUUCCUACACCAAUGAGGAGGAAGCCUGGUCAAAAUAUUUAGAGAAUCCCAUGACUGCAGCUAGCAAGGCCAUGAUGAGAGCAAAUGGAGAUGAGGAUGGUGUAACUGCAUUGAGCUUUCUCUACGACUAUUAUAGGGUCCCAAAAGAAAAGCGAAUUAUUUCUCCAGGUUCAACAGGACGCUGUGAGCAAGUAAAAAGGAAUUGUGUUGAAUAUGAAACUGACAUUUCAUCUUUUGAAAAUUCAAACCAGCUUAUGAAAUUUAUUUCUGAUAAUACAUCCACUACUCAAGACUACACAGAGACAAAUAAAAAAAACAGUUACUUAUCUCUAGACUGUCUUAUAAACCCCAGCAAAAUGACUUUAUCACAGAGCAACAGCAAGCUAGACAACAAUAACCAUGAAGAUUUCAUGCCAACGUCUUGUGAUGUGUACGAAAAAAACCCAUUGAACUCACUCUUCGAGCCAUUACAAGUAGCAACAUCGCAACAAAGAUGGCAACCAGACAGCACAUUCAAAGAAGAAACUCCCACAGAGCCAAUGAUAUUCAGUGAAAUUCUAAGGGGUCAAUCCGAAUCCACUUGCUCUGAAGAUUAUCUCCCAGCAGAAGCAAAUUGUGACUUUGAAUAUACACUGGAAUCCCCUAAAGCUAUCCAAGUGAAAUCUGGAGAUUCGCCAAUGGCCUAUCUCAACAAAGGACAGUUUUAUCCUGUCAACCUCCGAACUGCAGAGAGCAGAAAAUGUUUGCAACACUCUUCCAACAAAGUAAAGAGUGUUGUGAUGGUGGUCUUCGACAAUGAAAAAAACCCAGAAGAACAGCUGAAACGUUGGAAUCAUUGGCAUUCAAGACAACCAACUGCCAAGCAAAGGGUCAUUGAUGUUGCUGACUACAAAGAAAAUUGUAACACAGUCGAAAGCAUCGAGGAAGUGGCGUACAAUGCAUUGUCUUUUGUGUGGAACAUCAAUGAAGAAGCAAAGAUAUUCAUUGGUAUCAACUGUCUGAGCACAGACUUUUCUUCUCAAAAGGGUGUGAAGGGUGUGCCUUUAAAUCUCCAGAUUGAUACCUAUGACUACGACACUGGGGUAAAGAGGCUCAUUCAUCGCGCUGUCUGCCAGAUCAAGAUAUUCUGUGAUAAGGGUGCAGAACGAAAGAUGAGGGAUGAAGAACGCAAACAGUUUAGGCGAAAAGGAAAGUGUACAGACCCUAGCAACAAAGAUAUAAAGACACCAGUGCUCCCAGGUUACAGGGGGACAGACAUCACUUAUCUGAGACCGGUGACAGAUAUGGAAUCUCAGCCUGUUUUGUUCAUCCCCAACGUCCAUUUUUCCAAUCUACAAAGAUGUGGGAUAGUACUUCCUGCUUUUACAGAUAAUAAUGACAGGUUGGCAAUGAAGAGACGUUGCUCUUCAUUUACAGAAGGUUUUGAUGUUCCACCGUCCAAGAAGCUGCCAAAUGAAAGUUCUCCAAGAGUAUUAUUAUAUGUAAGAAUGGAUUCAGAAGAAGUGUUCGAUGCCCUAAUGUUAAAGACCCCUGACCUCAGUGGUUUAAGGAAUGCACUCUCAGAAAAAUAUGGUUUACCAGAAGAAAGGAUCUCCAGAGUCUAUAAGAAGUGUAAACGAGGAAUAUUGGUUAAUAUGGACAAUAAUAUCAUCGAGCAUUACAGCAACCAUGUGGCUUUUCUGCUGGACUUUACGGAAAUAGAAGGAUGCAUACAAGUGACACUUAAGGAAAUCUAGAUGUAAAAUCACUGGACCCUGUACAAAUCAAAGCUCUCCUGAGCCAGGAGAUGAGACUAGGUUAAGCAGACCACACCACUCCGUUCUUGCACUUGGCACAAGUUUGAAGAGAACAUAUCAACAAAGUAUUUUGAACCUUCAACUUUCAUGGAUUAUAUUGUGGGUCUUUGCCAUGAACGAAGAUCGCUCUGUCCAGAAGGGUCUUUUAUAAAGCUUUCAAUUACUUUUUUUUUUUGUCUUCUGACAAUUGUGGACUUUUGCCCUGCAUUGCAAACCGAAAUGUUACAGUUGCAAUUUCUGCAACCAUACUUCUCUGAAUAUCUAUGUCCUUGCUUUUACCUUUAUGGAUUUACCAUAACUUUUACCUCCUAUUAUUGCAUCACACAACCGUAUAAGAGGAAACCCCUGUUUCAAAAAUAUUUAUGAAGCCUAUAAACAAAAAUAUAUUAAAAGAAGAACUCUACAUCACAGUCUGGUUCAGGAAACUUUCCAAGGGUACAUAGAUAUUCUAACCAAUUAUCCACUUUAGUAACAUGCAUUUGGAGAGGGCUGAGUUAUCAUAGCCCCUUUUAUUUCUUUAAUGCAGCUAUACCAUAUGGUAUACCUCUUAACCAGGCCAGUUAUGAGCAUGUGCACUAACUAAUGUACACUAGAACAGUAAUUUCCCCCUGACUUUGUCCUUCUAUAUAGUACCAAAGAGAACGGACAACUGUGAUGUAAAAAUGUUAAAUAUUUAGCUGCUAUUUUACUGACUGCCCCAGAAUUCAAACUUAAAUAUGUACAUCAGAAUUUGUUUAACGGUUCUACAUUGCAGUAUAAUGUGAGACAAUUCUGCAGAAAAUGUAAAAACUGUCUCUCCACCCAUCUUUGCGUGAUAAAGUUUAAAAUCGGGAUUACGAAGUUCUAGAUAUUUAUAUUUUGUCCUACUUCUUGCCAUGCCUGAAAAACAUGUACUCGUUUUUCAGCACACUUCACUUUUUCUACAACACGACUGAAACAUUUAUCUUGUUUCAAACAGCAUUGUCAUUUUCUAUCAACAUUUUUCAACGAGCAUGGGUUGUGUUUUAGACGCACAUUUGUUUAUUUAAACAGCUGCCAGUUUUGUCUGAAAAGGCCCAUCGAAGUGAAACAAAAAAGUUACAGUUUUAUACAUUUCUGUUUUUAAUAUCUUAUUUUAAAUAUAUGUUUUUUGUAAAUAUUGAGAUUUCUUUUGUAUGUGUUUUAAUAUGCA